CCGGAAGUGGGCUGUCACUCGGGCUGUGUCCUUGUUAGCUGGCAGUCUACUACGCUGCUACAAGAACCGAGCAAAUGUUUACUAUUUUGAAAUGUGAAUUGAGCUGUGACUGAAGAGUGGACUUAGAUAAUAAAAAAAAGAUUGAAUUUGAGCUGCUGUUGACAACACCAUGCUGCGUGUGGGGAGCAAAGCUGCCUGCAUGGCAUGUAGGAACCUGGUGUCAACUAAUAUGGGGAUAAGAUUCCGGGUCCCACUGCAGAAGCUCCACCCUCUGUCCCGUGCCAUUCAUCACCGUUACUCGGGAAACGCUAACCCUCCGCGAACUCCUCAUCGUUCUGCAGCCCGAUAUUUCACAUCAAUGUCUCGGUUGCCCAUGCGGCCUCCGAAGCCUCCUCCAGGGUCAGGUGGCCGUAGCUAUCAACAAAAACGCAACUUCUGGGUUGCUCGUCUUGCAGCUCGACUGCUGAAGCUCAGAUAUAUUCUGCUGGGUUCGGCAGUGGGAGGAGGAUACACAGCUAAGAAGACCUAUGAAGAGUGGAAGGAAAUGCUGCCUGAUUUUAGUGAAUACAACUGGGUCAUUCCUGAUUUUGUUUGGGAACUGAGUGAACAAAUUGAUCUUGAUAAACUGGCCAAAGCUUUACCAGAGAUAGAAGAAAUUGCCAAACUACUCCCUGACCUAGACAAAAUAGGAGAAAACUUCACGUUCCUUAAAAGCCUCCUCUCCCCUGGUGUGAGUUUGGGUAGUGAAGUCAAAGGAGCCUCUGGUCUGCAUCUGUUGUUAGUGACUUCAAGUGAUCCUGCACUAAAAGCUACAGACUCAACUUCAGCCACAAAUGACGCUGGUGACAAGCAAUACAAAAAGGGUCUGCUCGGCGAGCUCAUUCUUAUUCAGCAGCAGAUCCAGCAGCACGAGGAGGAGGUCCGGCGGGCUGCUGCAGCCAAUAAUGCGCGUCCCCCACCACCAGAGCCUCCGAACCCAACUCCCUCUCAACAAAACCGCAAGUCAUCAGACAAAGAAAAGUUAGACCAGAUUCAAGAGGAACUGCUCCGUACCCAGUUAAAGUAUCAGCGCAUGUUGGAGAGACUGGAGAAGGAAAAUAAAGAGUUAAGAAAAGUGGUGCUACAAAAAGAUGAUAAAGGGAUUCAUCAGAGGAAAGUUAAGAAGUCUCUUAUUGACUUGUAUUCUGAAGUCCUCGACAUCUUAUCUGAUUAUGAUGCCAACUACAACACCCAGGACCACUUACCCAGAGUGGUUGUGGUUGGCGAUCAGAGUGCUGGGAAGACCAGCGUGCUGGAGAUGAUUGCCCAGGCCAGGAUAUUCCCCAGGGGGUCGGGUGAAAUGAUGACACGCUCUCCUGUCAAGGUAACGUUAAGUGAGGGCCCUCACCAUGUGGCCAUGUUCAAGGACAGUGGUCGAGAGUUUGACCUCUCUAAAGAGGAUGAUCUGGCUGCUCUGAGGCGUGAAAUUGAGCUGAGGAUGAGGAAGAGCGUGAAGGAGGGACAGACGGUCAGCUCUGAGACGAUAUCCUUAAGCGUAAAAGGUCCAGGCAUUCAGAGGAUGGUACUUGUUGACUUACCAGGAGUCAUCAGUACGGUGACAAGCGGCAUGGCAUCAGACACUAAAGACACCAUUUUCAGCAUCAGCAAGGCCUACAUGCAAAACCCCAAUGCAAUCAUCCUCUGUAUUCAGGAUGGCAGUGUGGAUGCAGAGAGAAGCAUUGUAACAGACUUGGUCAGCCAGAUGGACCCUCAAGGGAAGAGGACCAUCUUUGUCCUGACCAAAGUUGACUUGGCUGAAAAGAACUUGGCCAGCCCAAACAGAAUCCAGCAAAUAGUUGAAGGCAAACUGUUUCCCAUGAAAGCCCUUGGUUACUUCGCGGUAGUGACUGGAAAAGGCAGCAGCGGUGAAAGUAUAGAUUCCAUCAAAGAUUAUGAAGAGGCCUUUUUCCAAAACUCCAGAUUACUGAGGGACGGCAUGCUGAAAGCCCAUCAGGUGACCACUAAAAACUUGAGUCUGGCUGUGUCUGAUUGCUUCUGGAAGAUGGUUCGAGAGUCUGUCGAGCAGCAGGCUGAUGUCUUCAAAGCAUCACGGUUCAACCUGGAAACAGAAUGGAAGAACAACUACCCUCGUCUGAGAGAGCUGGACAGGAAUGAACUCUAUGAAAAGGCCAAAAAUGAAAUCUUGGAUGAGGUCAUUAGCCUGAGUCAAGUGACCCCACAACACUGGGAAGCUAUUCUGCAGAAAAAGCUGUGGGAGCGUGUUUCCACCCAUGUCAUUGAAAACAUCUACCUUCCUGCUGCUCAAACAAUGGACUCUGGUACCUUUAACACCACUGUGGACAUCAAGCUGAAGCAGUGGACUGACAAGCAGCUUCCAAACAAAGCGCUUGAGGUUGCCUGGGAGACGUUGCAGGAAGAGUUUGCCCGCUUCAUGGCUGAAUACAGAGGCAAAGACCAGGAUGACAUUUUUGACAAGCUGAAAGAGGCUGUGAAGGACGAAAGCAUCAAGAGGCACAAAUGGAACGAGAGGGCCAUGGACAGCCUGAGGGUGAUCCAGCACAAUGCCUUAGAAGACCGCUCCAUCACAGACAAACCUCAGUGGGAUGCAGCAAUCCAGUUUAUGGAGGAAACCUUACAGUCACGCCUCAAAGACACGGAAUCAGUUGUCAGAGACAUGGUGGGACCAGACUGGAAACAAAGGUGGCUCAACUGGAAGAACCGAACACCAGAUCAGCACAUUCGUAAUGAAACGAAGAAUGAGCUGGAGCGAUUACUGAAGCUGCAUGAUGACCACACCGCUUACUUGGCUAAUGACGAGGUCACCACAGUCAGGAAGAACCUAGAGGGACGAAACGUGGAGGUCGAUCCAGUACUGAUCAAGGACACAUGGCAUCAGCUGUAUCGCCGACACUUCCUUCAGAAGGCACUGGCUCAUUGCAGCCUCUGUAAAAGAGGUUUCUAUUACUACCAGAGACACUUUGUCGACUCUGAGCUGGAGUGCAAUGAUGUUGUUCUCUUUUGGAGGAUACAGAGGAUGCUGGGCAUCACAGCCAACACUCUGCGACAGCAGCUUACCAACACAGAGGUCCGCCGUUUAGAGAAAAAUGUAAAGGAGGUCUUGGACGACUUUGGGGAAGAUCUAGAGAAAAAGACCCACCUCAUCACCGGCAGAAGAGUUCAGCUGGCUGAGGAUCUCAAGAAAGUCCGUGAGAUCCAGGAGAAACUUGAAGCUUUCAUUGAAGCUCUUCACAAAGAGAAGUAACAGAAGCAGCACUAUUGACGGUAACGUUUUGGAUCACAGCUGCAGAGGAACACACUGAACAAAGACAACACAACUGUACAUGACUUUCAUUGCUCAGCUGCCCCACGUCUGCACUCAUCAGAUCUUCACUUCAUCUUGCCAUCCAAGUCCAGCUUCCUGUCCAUCCUUGGAUGCUGAAGGAUCGAUGGACAUGAACAGAACUUUAAGAUGGAGAAACAGCUUCCAGGCUCUCUUUGAUUCUAUUUUUGUUGUUUCUUUGGGACGUAACGGGGACUUCUGACACAUGAAGCCAAACCGGCAUAUCAGAAGGAACAUUUUAAGCUUGCAUAAUGUGGUCAGACAUCUGACCACUAGUUUUCAAAGAUGCAAGUACCAUCAAUCAAUCAAUGAAUAAAUGAGGAUUCUGUUCAAGUUAAUCUCUCACUUUCUUAUUUAUGUGUGUGCACUGAUAUUUGUAAAGAAAACCACGUUUGGCACUGGUCCUGAUGGGAUGUGUAGUCUUGAAUUUCAUAGGUUUUACCUUGCCUCAUUCUUCUAAAAUACAACAUCUUACCCGGCUGGAAGACAGAUUUUUUUUAUUAUUAUUGAAUUCAAAUUGAUAUAGUUGCACUUAAGAUACAUUGCACUUAAAUGAUCCUUCAAAGACGUAAGUGCAUUUUCUAUUUACCCUACAUGAACCCUUAAAUUGCAGACUUGCAAAAUCAGCUCUCCAUUAACUGUCUCCAUUAGUACUUCCUACAGUAUUAUUACUUCAAAAACACCGUACUGGGAUUAAAACAAUAUGAUCACUUCUCAUGGUGCUGAUAAAAUUGUUUUCUUUUUUCCCUUUCCGUGGGGUUUACAGUAGGUCUCUGCUUGUCGGUCGGUCCUGUCAUUGUGUAUUAUUAUUAUUAUUGCACUGCUGCAAAGUUCUCAGAUAUUCUCCUGACAUAUUGUCAGACGAAAUUAGGCAUACAUUUUGAGGUUUGGGAAUCCUUGAGAACCUGAUAUCGGUUCUAAAAACAUUUUUAAAUAAAGGACACUAGUAAAGAUUUGUCAUAAUCGUUUUGAGAUACACUGUCAGCCAGUUUCCACUAAGUUUUAUUAAUGCAAGUCCAAUCUCCAGUCCACCUUGAUCAUUGGGUCCAGUUAUUUAUGAGUCAGGUUUUUCUUUUUCUUUUUUUUUCCCCCAAACUGAACCAAAUUUGACACCAGUAAUGUUUUUUUCUGUGUGGAGACCACACAGCCACACUCGUACUCCUCCUCUCAGCCAUGUCUGACUGGUUAUUAAUUUCAAACAGGGUAAAACCAAUAGUUUUGACCCGUUGUCUUUAAAGAAAAGGGUACACAUCUUAAAUGCAAGAAAUUGUACAGUAUGCUGUCGUCAGCUGACCGAUCUCCUCCAGGUCACUGUUGGGAGACAGAAGUUUCCACUUGCUCCCAAAACUCCUUACCCUAUUUCUCAACUUGAAGUGUCUCACAUCCACUCUGUCUACACUUUCUUUAUUUGAACCACUCUGGUUCUUCCCUUCACCCACAUCUGAUCAUUCUUGCUACCUUGAAAGUGAUUGAAUAUAUUUGCCUGAAAAGACGGGUGAGACUGUGUUACCCCCUAUUCAUUCAUAUGUGUAUAUGGGUAAAUAUAUAUAAAUAUAUGUAAUUUAAGGUGCAUUCUGCACAGAUAGUUAAUGGUCAGUCGUUGAGUUACUAUCAUGUACAGCACAAGUGUGUGCAGUGAUGCACUUGUGCAACAGAAAACUGGUGAGUUGCUUGUUUUAUGUUGUAGAAAGUUGUGUGCAUGGUGUUCCCCCAUCAGAUGUGCUUUAUUUAUUAAAAUUGUGUUCAAAGGAAAAUUGCAAAUAAAAUUGACAUAAUAAAAAUG